AAGCGAAAGGGUGGUGGUUUUUUUUUUCCUGGUUAGGUGAAUCAGGGCUGAAAGAGGAAGCAGGAUGUCAUGAAGGCGUGUUUGUCACCAGUCAAAAUGAAAUGAGUCGGUGUCUCUGUCUAACCAAACUGUGGGCCACUGCUUCCACAGAGGACUCUGGGAAAUGAAUCUUACACUGUUCCUGCUUUUGGGAUUGACAGCUUGCUGGACUGGACUUGUUCAAAGCGAAGACGAAGAAAGUCCUGAGAUUAUUGAUGAAGAACUUGUAGUUGUAACUUCUAAAGCAGAAGUUCAAGAUAAAGACAAUAACGGGGAUGUGGCAGGAUCUGGAGAUGGAAUGAGUCAGACUACCUCGGAUUUAGGAUCCACACAAAACAGUGAGUCAGAGUCACUUAAUAAUGAGGAAACAGCACAGACACAGGCAGAGGCAGAUACAGACAACAAGGAGAAGGAUCUGAACAUAGUCAUCAUGAUCAUCAUUCCUCUGGUUCUCACAAUCGUCAUCUCCAUGAUCGUGUGUGUCGUCAUCAUCUGCCGCAGGUGGAGAAUAAAAGAUGACACAAAAGAAGAUGCUUAUUUGGACGAUGAAGACCAUGAAAAAGUCCCAAUGCCAAUGUUUGAGGACGACAUCCCAUCAGUGAUGGAGCUGGAAAUGGAAGAUCUGGAAAACUGGAUGGCGAAAGAUGGAGGCAAGAAAGUGGACACUGGCCAAAUAUAAUGAAUGGCUUUUUUGUACAUGUUGUGGACUUGGUGCAGUUGUUUUUUUACAGUUUCCUCAGGUGUCCUCAUACACAAUGGUGCACAGAGUACAUGUUGAGAUAUAGUUUGGUACUGUAUGUUCCUUUUUAGGUCGUGCUUCACAUUUCUACCUUUGUUAAAACACACUUGUACACUGUAAAAAAAAAUCCACAAAUUAGCAGUUUACCAUAUUUCCCUGUUUAUUUAUGUUUUUUAAAUUGCAUUAUGGGACCUUGAUCUUUCUUCCAACAACUUUUAACCUAAAGUUUGAAAUUUUGACUUUUAUUAACAUUUCUUUAUAUUUUAAAUUGUUAUAUUGUCUGGGUUGGUGUUGUAUAUUACUGUACAAAAAACUUUGUAAUAAACUGCCAGUGCAAUUUCUGUUAUUUUAUAGACUUAUUUGUCCCUAUAUUAUUUUAGCAAAGUGACACCGAGAAUUUUUUUUAUUUUUUGUGCUGAAAAUCCUAUUUAAUUUAUGUAUUCAUUUGUUUGUAGAUUUUUAAUUGUAUUUUUAUUUUUUUUUAAAUGUUCUUGCCAUGAAAAUAGCCUUGGUUGCUGACAUGGCAUUAAAUAAAAAAAUACAUUGCAUUACUGCCUAUAUUAUUUUUUAUACAUUAUUUCAAACUACUAAAAUGUCAGCAAAUGUCACUUUGUUAAAUUGUAGAGUGGAAUUUUCAACAUCAAAAUUGGACAGAGCAGAGAUCAGUGUCCCAUUAUGCAAUUCACGGCUGUUAUUAAAUGGUGAAUCACUAAAUACAGAAACUGUUAGUUAACAGCUAUUUUUAACAGUGUAAAUGAUCAAAGCCUGCUGCCUGAAGAACGUUCCUGUUUGAAUGAAAAAGAACAAAUUGAAUGAAACAUAAAAAUGUUUUCCUGUCUAUUGCACUGAAGAGGAUACAACACUUCUCUUUUGGGAAGCUGUUAUGAUUCUCUGCGUAUAUCUGAUGUUAAGAUUUUCGCCACUUUUCACACUGUCAGGAAUACAAAGUGUACACAUUAAUACCAAACAAGUUAACUUCGAAAUUAAAGGGAUAGUUCACCUCAAAUCCUUUUUCGUCAUCCACUAUUUAUUCAUUCAUUCAUUUUCUUUUCGGCUUAGUCCCUUUAUUCACCAGGGAUCGCCACAGCGGAAUGAACCAUCAACUUAUGUUUUACGCAGCUGAUGCCGUUCCAGCUACAACCCAACACUGGGAAAAACCCAUACACUCUUGCAUCCACAAACCAAUUUAGUUUAUUAAAUUCACCUAUACCGAAUGUCUUUGGACUGUGGGGGAAACCGGAGCACCCAGAGGAAGCCCACACAAACACGAGGAGAACAUGCAAACUCCACACAGACAUUCCAACUGACCCAGCAACCUUCUUGCUGUGAGGCAAUCGUGCCACCCACUGUCCACCAUGACAUCCACUCACUUUUUAUUCACUCUCAAAUGGUUGCAAACCUUUAUGAGUUUCUUUCUUCAGUUGAAUACAAAAGAGAUAUUUUGAAGAAUGCUGAAAACGGGUAACCAUUGACAUAAAUACUACACUGUUAACGAUUUUUGUAAAUUAGACAGUAUUUAACUGUAAUAUGAACUGUAUUUUACUUUAAGAUAUUUAUGCAGUAUGUUACUGUAUUUUAAAGUUGCAUUGCGCACUGUAAAACCUAACAGUCAACUUUAUCAAAUGAAAUGAGUGUAGUUAACUCAAAAUUAACUGAAAGUUAAUUCUACACAUUUUAAAAACGUUUUGAACUCAAUGUUGAAGGUAAUGAGUUAAUUAAAUACCUCAUUAUACUUUAACUUAAAUGGAGUAAGUUCACAGUACUUAUAUAGAUUAGUUUUUUUUACUCAGAUGAUUUGUUGCAAUCAGUUUCCUCAAUCUGUUUGAGUUGCCUUAACUUAUUGGGUUUUACAGUACUCAGUUGGUUUGAAUUCUCUUCAUUUAUAAGGUUUUAUGUACUCAAAUUGCUUUGUGUACUUAAAUGGAUUAAGUUUACAAUACUCAUUAGGAUUAGUGUAUGAACUUACAAAUGGUUUGUUGCUAUCAGUUUACUCAAAUGGUUUG